GUAAAAUUAAAAGUAAGGGGUUUCCAAAGAUCCCUAAAAUUGAAUCUUUCCUCCUCUGAUACAACUCCGAUUGCAGUGAAAAAUGGCGACGCCUUCUGCAACAUCAGGAAAUGUAUCACUUCUGCAAUAUGUCUCGGUGAUUACAUUAAUGCUUUCCAUUUUGACGGCGUCGUACUGCACCAGCGUCGAAGCAAAGCCCAAAUCAUCAACUGCUUUCGUCAAGAAGACCAUUUCUUCUCAUUCCGUAGUCAUCUUCUCCAAAUCUUACUGCCCAUAUUGUAGAAGGGCUAAAGGAGUCUUCAAGGAGCUGAAGCAGGAGCCGUAUGUUGUGGAACUUGACGAGAGAGAUGACGGUGGAAAAAUUCAAGAUGCUUUGAGUAAGAUUGUAGGGAGGCGAACUGUGCCGCAGGUUUUUAUAAACGGGAAGCAUCUUGGAGGCUCUGAUGAUACAGUCGAAGCAUACGAAAAUGGAGAGCUUGCAAAACUUCUAGGCAUUGAUAGUAUGGGGGAGGAUGAACUUUGAGAAAGUACUCUAUCCGUUUGUACUUUUGUCACCCUAUAUUGAAACAUGAAUUAGCAGGUAAACAUUCAAUUUGCAGCGAGUUUACUGCUACCUAUCCUACUCUUUCCUGCUCUUUUGCUUAUCCUGCAACUUGUGUAGGAAAAUUUGGAUGUUGUAUUGGUUCCUUCCAAGUAGUGUGAACUAGGUGCUGAUCUGAUUGAACUACAAAUUGCACAAGAAAUGUUCACCCAAAAACUUCAAAAUCCAAUUGGAAAUAUUGUAGUUUCGCUUCUUCCUA